AUUGCUCCUCUCAUAUGGGGGAGUGUGAAGUUGACAAUAUUUGUGGCCGUCAAGUUCGUCGCAUAUUAUGAGGCUCUCUCUAAGUUCUUCAUGGACUUUGGGGGAUUUUGUCCGCGCUGGAGGGAUUAUCAAAUAUUUUAUUCAUCUUCAUCACAACUUCGGAAUGCACUCUUCAGCUUCUAUGCGUCCCUUAUUCGUUGCUGCAAGCGUGCGAUAGAAACCACACAACGCUCAUGGUCAGCAUACUUCUUCAAUUCUUCGCGGGAAUUGUUUGAACGGGAAUUUCAGCUGGAUGCAGAUGACAUUAAAAGUCGCAGUAAAUACGUUAAAGAUGCAAUAUCACUCGCGAAAACGCAGGCCAGCUAUCAAAUCCAACAGCUUCAGACUAGACAACAGAAGGAUGAUCCAAAAAAAGAAAAGCUAAUAAACAUUUUUCACCGAAAAGACAACCGCCCUGAUAAAAUGGAAUCAUGGCAGGUGCAAAGUGACGAAAGGCAAAAAGAGGAGCGAAAGGAAAAGCUGCUUGAUUCGCUAUCGACUCAUGACUACUUGACUCCAUUUAAACAAAGCCGCCAGAAGCACAGUUCGGAUAUAUUUAUCUCCUUCUUCUUUGUACGGUUCGACGAUCGACAAUCAUUAAAUGCUGAGGUCAUACUCAAGUCCAUUACUCGACAAAUGCUAAACCCGUCCGAUCUCUCUGAAGAGGUGGAAAAGUUUUUGGAUCGAAUGCGACUCAACUUAGCAUCCGGAUUAAACGAAAUUUCUACUUUGCUCCAAGGGAUAGCCUCAUCGUUUAAAACCCUCUAUAUUGUAAUAGAUGGGUUUGAUGAGUGUGCAAAACAGGAUCGCAGUGAUCUUCUUGCAGUUCUCUCUUCAAUAGUGAACACCAGGUCGAAUACUAAGCUUUUCCUCGCUGGUCGUGAUAGCGUCUCAAGGGAGGUACACAGAAAAUUUCCGACCUACAAACAGCUCUCUAUGGACUGUUCGUCAGCUCAAUCCGACAUCGCAGCAUACGUAGAAGGCAUAGUGCAGGAAAAACUACAGGACGAAGAGCUUGUAGUUGGAGAUUCAGACCUUAUCGAAGAGAUUAAAACGGCACUAUCGAAAGGGGCGAAUGGCAUGUUUCUUUGGGUUGUAUUUCAAGUCGAUGAGCUUAGUUUACAACAUUGUGAUGACGAUAUCCGAGCAGCCAUUACAAAUUUGCCCAGAAGCUUGGAGGAAACAUUCGAUCGCGCCAUCGACCGGGUCGUUUCUCGGGGGAACGCAACAAUUGCAAAGAAAAUUUUCCGAUGGAUUGCUGCAGCGAAAGAGCCUUUGACACUAGAUCAGCUAAGGGAGGUCAUCUUCAUUAAGAUUGGACAGCAAUACUCAAAGACAGAACGACGAUCUAACGGCAUUAAUCACAUAAGCUCAUGGUGCGAAAACCUCGUUCAUGUUGAUGAGGAAUUGAAUACAGUUCAAUUCGUCCACCAGACUGUCCAACAAUUCUUUUUUAAGAAGUGCUCUAAGGAUCGAAAUAGUCAGUUUUAUAUAAAACUUGAAGAUGCUGAUCACUAUCUGGGGGAGAUAUGCGUUACAUAUCUCAAUUUCAACGACUUUCAAACGACUCUAGCUCGACGACAGCAACCGUUGCCACCUAUGCCACCUAUAGCUAUAGCAGAUACAGCUUUGAGAUCCAAAUGGAAGACAGCCGCAUCUAUUUCCACGAUUUUGAAGUUUGAUACCAGAGGAGGCUCAGUAGCUGCUAAUGCCGUUGAGGCUUUAGCUAGCUAUCGUCGAGAUGAUACAGGAGAGUCGAAAGAGAGACUACAUGUGGGGUACCCUUUCCUAAGAUAUGCAUCAAAUCACUGGAUUUCUCAUACAUCAAUGUUUCGAAAAGCAGAAUCUAAGACAUGGAAUUUAUGGGGAAAGAUGAUACUGGGACAGCAUGAUCUCGUGACGAGGCCCUGGGAUGAAAACAGCAAAAGCAUCUUGGAAUGGAGCAGAAAGUUUCAUCACUAUGCUCUCAUACGGCUUUUAAUCCAGGCCAAUAUGAUUACGACUAAAGACAAAAAUGGAAUUUUACUGAAUGCAGCGAGUGAGGGGGACGAUACGCUGCUGAGUAUAAUUCUGGAAACUAAAGAUUCGGAUCUUGAGAUGUGCCAGGCCUGCUUGGUGGCGGCUAGAGGAGGUUACCUUGACAUUACAAAAAGGCUUCUCAUCGCCGGUGCAGAUGGCCAGGCUGCAAUACAGAGAGCUGCUAGGGAAAGCGCUUUACAUGUUGCUGCUAAAAAUGGACAACUGGAUGCUAUUAAAAUCCUCUUAAUCGCUGGAGCAGAUCCAAAUGCUCAGGAUGACUUUGGCGGAACUGCCUUAUUUAUUGCUGCUAUAAAUGGCCACCUGGGUGCUAUUAAGAUCCUCUUAGCCGCUGGAGCAGAUGUAAAUGCUAAGAAUAUCCAUGGCAAAACUGCCUUAUAUACUGCAGCUGAGAACGGCCAACUGGAUGCUAUUAAGAUCCUCCUGACCACUAGAGCAGAUGUGAAUGCUGCGAACACCCUUGGCGAAACUGCGUUGCAAGCCGCUUUAAUUGGUGGUCAUUUUGAUAUUGUUUCGCUAUUGAAACAAGCGGGCGCGAAAUAA